AUUGAACAUAACCUUAAAUUAAGUUCCUUCUGCUGGCACAGCAUAAUUUUACAUCUAUGAUAACUUUUGCAAAAUGUUUACAUUAAAAUUUUGUAUGCCACGGCCACGGCACAGUAGCUACUGCAAUUUUAAGCGCAAUUUCACGCACAAAAACCUGCUGGAGCUAUCGGAUCGAGGCUUCUUUCAGAGCAUUUUCCCAGACACAGCAGCACCAAAAAUAAAGGAGCUAUUCACGAGAUCAUCACAAAGCAUUUAUGCUGGGUUUGAUCCCACAGCGGACAGCCUGCAUGUUGGUAAUUUGCUUGUAAUAAUGGGCCUCUUGCACUGCCAGCGUGCCGGUCAUAAGCCAAUUGCGCUGGUUGGAGGAGCCACUGGCCUUAUUGGUGAUCCAAGUGGUCGUAAAACGGAGCGUAAUCAAUUGAGGGAGUCUUUGAUUGACACGAAUUUGCAAGCCAUAGAGCGACAGCUGCGCAAAGUGUUCAAAAACCAUGAGGAUGCCCUUUGGGAUACACGAAAAAACAAGCAAAAACUAGCGCCACUAACAAUUGUUAACAAUGCUGAAUGGUAUGAAAAUCUAAAUCUAAUUGACUUCGUUGCCAACAUGGGUCGACAUUUUCGCAUGGGAUCAAUGCUAUCGCGAUCCUCCGUCCAAUCGCGUUUGGAAUCAGAGGAGGGCAUGAGUUUUACUGAGUUUACGUAUCAAAUCUUUCAGGCCUACGAUUGGCUGCAUUUGCUGCGUAACCACAAUUGUUGCUUCCAGAUGGGUGGCUCCGAUCAAAUGGGCAAUCUAAUGACAGGUCACGAAUUGAUAAGCCGGGUGGAGCGCAAUCGUGAAGUGUUUGGCUUGACCCUGCCCAUAGUUACGAAUGAGGAGGGCGAUAAGUUUGGCAAAUCUGCUGGCAAUGCAGUAUGGCUAGAUGAAAAUAAGACAUCGCCUUUUGCAUUAUAUCAAUUCUUUUUGCGUAUGCCAGACUCCGAAGUGGAAAAACUGUUGAAACUGUUCACCUUCAUACCACUGGCCGAGGUGGAUCAACUGAUGCGAGAGCAUGCGAAAGAGCCAGAGAAACGUAAGGCCCAGACUCUACUGGCUGAAGACGUCACCUUGCUAGUUCAUGGUGAGAAUGGCUUAAAGCAGGCGGAGCGCGUGACCAAUGCACUCUACAAGGGCAACGUUGACGGCCUGGCCGAGUUGAACUAUGCUGAAAUUAAACAAACAUUUCAAGGAGCUGCCGUUGUUGACUUACUGACCGAACCGGGAAUGUCCAUAUUGCAGCUGGCCAUGAAAGCCAAGUGCUUUCCCACAGAAACUGAUGCCGUGCGUAUCAUCAACGCGGGCGGUUUCUACAUUAACCAAAAGCGCGUGCAGAACAUUGCAGAAGUUAUUACAACUGGCAUUCACAUACUCCGUAAUGGGGUGUCUUUGUUGCGGGUUGGCAAGCGCAACUUUUACAUUGUGCGUUGGCAAUAGUUAAUAAUGUAAACA